AUGCUUGCACCGCCAGAGAUCACAGUGAAGAACGAUCACUUAGUGCUUCCAGCCAUCAGGUCCCUUGCCAUUGAUCUAGCAGGAGGAAGUGUACCUUCGCUCAAGGAGUUUGAAGUGAAGCACAAGGAGAAGGUGCCGAAUGUUGUGGUGUGCUUGAUUCCAGGGCUUGUCAUGGACGACUUUGGUCAAACAGAGAAGGUUCUGAAGCUUGAUAGCUCUAAGGCCACGAAACUCCCCUUUUUUGAGUCCAAAUUCAAGGAUAUUAUCCCUUUAAGGCUUCCGGGAAAGGCCAAUGAGGUGUUUUCAAUCGAACGAACGUUGAUCAACGUAAAGAUCACCAGAAAGUCCAAAGACGACAUGAUGGAACAGCUGCUGAAUACACCAGUCGCCAUCGAGAGCUUAUUCGUGAAGAUGCCAGAUUGGAUGGACCACGACUUCAAGCAUUUUCCUGGCUCUGGCCAUGAACUCCCGGACGAUUGGUUUGAGACUAAACAGUUGGACCACGAGCCCAAGAUUUUUGCAUUAGACUGUGAGUUCUGUCAGACCAAGGAAGGAAGCCAGUUGGCUAGGAUCUCUAUCGUUGAUUACGACAACAACGUGGUUUACGAUGAGUUUGUGAAGCCUGAGAAGGAGAUCAUAGAUUACGCUACAAAGUUCUCUGGUAUUACCGAAGACAUCAUGGAUAAGGCUACAACCACACAGCAGCAGGUUCGAGAAAAGCUUCUACAGACUAUCUCAUCAUCAGACAUUCUCGUCGGCCACUCGCUUCUGUUUGACCUCAAUGUCUUGAAAAUGUGCCAUCCCAAAAUCGUCGACACUUGCGUGAUCUACGACCAUACACGCAAAAAGCCAUUCAAAGCGAGUCUCAAGUGGCUUGCAGAGACCUACCUUGGACGUAAGAUCCAGGCCGGAGAAGCCGAGGGUAAAGGGCAUUCCUCAGUGGAGGACUCCAUUGCAUGCUUGGAUUUGGUCAAGUUGAAGCUCAGCAAAGGUCCCUUAUUUGGCCAGGAGCCCGACUCUGAGCCCAUUUCGUUGAGAAUUGAGAAGGAAGGAGACAAGCCCGUAGCGAUCCUCGACAAGUCUAUGACUGAAUGGGGUAUCACUUCCGUCCAUGCAGAUACUAUUAAGCAGGUUGUGGAGAGCAGUGAUGAUUUGUUGGUUGAAAAGAUAGACGAGGCCACCAAAAACAGCAAAGUUAUAUUCUGCAAGCUUUCUGAGUACCCGAAAGGAGGUGAUGACGAGCAGAAGGCCAAGCUAGAUGAGCAGUUGAACAAGGUAUGGGAGUCUUUGCCUGAAAAUAGUACAUUUAUCGUCAUUGGCGGUAGCAACGUCAGUCCGAAAAUCCAGAAGCUUCAACUGACAAAGCUGAAGUACAGCUGGAUGCAAAAACAGGGAAAACAGGUUGACGAUCCAGAGCAGGUAUGGACAUUUGACAAGGACACUGAGCUCAAGAGCCUCGUUCAAGAGGCGAGAGCGUCUGUUUGUUUCCUUGGUCUCAAGACGGGCAAUGCACCUUCUGUGUAG